AUGGUUCGGGUGAGCCAGUUCGUCUCAACGCUCUUCCUCGCGUGUAAUCCGAUCCCGGCUAAACAGGGACUGGUUACGGAUGCAUGGCUGCUCAUUAUUGGCUCAGUUGUGGCUGCCUUUCCCAGUUGGGCGCUGUUGUGUGCUGGCCGAUUUCUGAUCGGUUGUGGAGCUGGUCUCGGGUUCGUCUGUUCAACGAUAGUUCUCUACGACUUGGUGCCAUAUUCAUCUCGCCCAGCUCACUUUCUUGCUCUGGGAAUUUCAUUCGCCUUCGCCACCCUAAUGAUCAACUGCGCUCCCCUAGUCAACUUCUCAGAUACUGUUACAGUACUGUUUGCAGCAGUAGUGAGUGCAGCAUCAGGAAUCGCAUAUCUAUUCCUGCAGCCAGAACCCAAUGCUGAGAAAAUAGCAGAUUCACCGUUGGAAGGAGCCAAAGAAAUCCCUUCAAAGUUCCCUUCAACACUGAUCUACGUUCUAAUGACACUGAAUGUGAGCAUUGGUGUACCGGCAAUCCUGGCAUUUUCGAAAGGUGUGUUUGAGAACUUUGGUCUUGAUCCAAUCACAUCGGCCAGGCUUUCAGUCGCUUUUCCUGUCGUUCAGAUCGUGGCAAUCCUUAUUCUUCACAAAUCACUUUUGGACAGGAAGAUCCUGAUCGUUGGUGGAUAUAUUGUUGCUGUAAUGAUUCAGGCGAUGCUUCUUUUAACGUCGUACUAUCCUCUCUUACAGCCCGAGGUAUGA